AUGAGCGGCUCUAGUGCACAUUCACAUUAUAAACAACAGACUAAAAGUACUGAUUCAUGUUCUUCUUCAUCUGAUGCACCACCGUCAUCUAACAAAGGUGUUUCACCAACAUUAUCAGAAUCUAAUAAUACUAAUGUAUCUCCAACAUCAAAUUGUUCCUCUUCUACAACUACAACGACUACUAAUGGUAUAAAUACUUCUUCAAAUAAUUCACAAGUCUCACCAACUGAUAAAACUCCUAAUAGUUCAAGUAAACCAUCAAAUACAGGGAAAGUUUUACCAUCUGAUACUCCAGUUUCAGUUCCUCCUCAGAUUGCAGUUCCACCAAUGAUGAGGAUAAAUCCAUUCUCUAAUGUAAGUCAUACAUCUUCAAGAGAAGGUCAUGUACCAAUUCCUGCUUUAACAACAAUAACAUCAACAGCUAAUGGUCCACAGUCUAGUGAUAAAAUUUUAUCAUCAAGAUAUAAUUAUCCUGUAACAUCAGGCCAUUCAUCUUCACAUCAUCAGUCACCAGCAACAGGAGGAGGUGUAUCUUCUACCUCAAGACAUCAUGGAAGUAGUAGUUCAAGAAGGAAUGCACCAAGAAAUGAUGAUCCUCAUAUUGGUAAGUAUAAACUUUUAAAAACAAUUGGAAAAGGAAAUUUUGCUAAAGUAAAAUUAGCUAAACAUAUGCCUACAGGGCAAGAAGUUGCAAUAAAAAUUAUUGAUAAAUCUUCUAUGAAUUCAACAUCAAUCCAAAAAUUGUAUAGAGAAGUUAGGAUCAUGAAACAAUUAGACCAUCCAAAUAUUGUAAAACUUUAUCAAGUUAUGGAGACAGAAACAACAUUAUAUCUUGUCAUGGAAUUUGCUUCAGGUGGUGAAGUAUUUGAUUAUCUUGUGGCACAUGGAAGAAUGAAAGAAAAAGAAGCUAGAGCUAAAUUUAGACAAAUAGUUAGUGCUGUUCAAUAUCUUCAUUCUAAAAAUAUAAUUCAUCGUGAUUUAAAAGCAGAAAAUCUUUUAUUAGAUGCUGAUAUGAAUAUUAAAAUUGCCGAUUUUGGAUUUUCAAAUACUUUUUCAAUUGGAGCAAAACUUGAUACAUUUUGUGGUUCUCCUCCUUAUGCAGCACCAGAAUUAUUUCAGGGUAAAAAAUAUGAUGGUCCUGAAGUUGAUGUUUGGUCAUUGGGUGUAAUAUUGUAUACUUUAGUUUCAGGAUCAUUACCAUUUGAUGGGCAAAAUCUUAAAGAAUUAAGAGAACGUGUAUUAAGAGGAAAAUAUAGAAUCCCUUUUUAUAUGUCUACAGAUUGUGAGAAUCUCUUAAAAAAAUUUUUAGUUUUAAAUCCUGUUAGAAGAUCAACAUUAGAAGCAAUUAUGCAAGACCGGUGGAUGAAUUUAGGAUAUGAAGACAAUGAAUUGGUACCUUAUUUAGAACCACCUAAAGAUCAAAAAGAUGAUGUAAGAAUUAAUAAACUUAUAAGAGCUGGUUGUAAUCCAGAAGCAAUACAUAGAAGCAUAGACAAUGAAAUGUUUGAUGAUUUACAUGCAACAUAUCUUCUUAUGAGAGAUAGAAAAAAUGAUCUUGAAAAUGGUUACAUGCUUCUUAAUGGUAUGAAUGUUCCAUCUUCAACAGAUAUUUUAAAUUCAUCUUUACCUGUUGGUGGAAAUCAAGUAAAAUCAUCUUUUACUUCAAAUCAUAGAUCAAUCUCAGCUCAAGUUGCGGCAAAUACAAAAGGAAGUAGGAGGUCUUCACAAGGUGAUCAAGGUGUUCAUGGAAUAGGAGAGAAACAUACAGGAUCUUCAUCAGCUAGAACUCCUGCUUCAUCUAUUACCAGUGGGGUAACAUUAAGGUCUGGAGCACAAUCCAGUCGACAACCCGCAUUAUCACAUCAACCUGGUACGCAAAUAUCUAACAAUGCACAUAUUCCAACACUUUAUACUUCAAAUCAUCCUGUACCAAUACAAGGAACUUCUGGAAUUAGAGGUGUCAAUACAAUUACUGGAGCUAUAUCUGGAAGGAAAGGGCAAACUACAGGACGGGUUCCAUUGCCAAAUCUUGGGUUAUCUGGAAGGCCUAUACAGGUAAGGCAUUCUAUUCAAAGUAGUGGUGCUAAUGAUGUUAAGCCAUCUGGAUCAACGCGUGCUUCUCCUUUUACUGCAACACCACAAAUGCAAACGUCUGCUGCUAUUGCAGCAGUAACUGCAUCUAAAAAUUCUUUCUCUGGAAUUGUUAAGCCACAAAUGGCAAUAACUAGUAAUUCAAAUAACUUAAUACCUCUUCAAAAAAGUGGUUCUGUUUCACAUACACCAAAAGAACCUUCUAUAAAAGAGGAUGAAGAUGAAAAUUUUGACACUUCUAUAGGUGGAAUAAAUUCUUCCGAAAAGACACCUGAAGUAUCUUCUAAAAGAACCUCUUCAAAUGUAGAGGGAGGAACAGGAUAUACUUCUAAUAUAACUCCUGCCUCUGGUGGUGAAAGACACGGGUUACAUCAAUCUCCUUCUAUGCCUCCAUCAAUGAUGUCAAUGAUGAAAAAUCUAAUUGUUACUGAAAAUGACAAACAAGUUGUCGAUUCAAAAAUGGUUAAAUCAGCUACUGGAGCUCCUAUAUCUGCAAUAGGAACAUCAAAUAUUACACCUAGUACUCCAGUUGGUGUAGCAACUGCUUUUCCAAGAAAUACAAGAAAUCGACAGACAUUCCAUGGUAAAACUGAUUUACAUAAAACUUCUGGAACUCCAAGUAAUUGCGGUGAUAUUGAUGAAAGUGAACAUCCUUCUCCUCAAAAUUCAAUAACAACAUCAAAUACUAGUAGAUUAAGGUUUUUUGAUAAACUUCCUAAACCAUUUCAAAAGAAAAGACCAGGAACAAUAGUUGGUGGAAGUUCUGAAGCAAAUCAAGCUAUUGCUGAAGCAGCAGCUUUAAAUAAAAUGUCUGGAAUAUCCCCGAAAAUCUCAACUUCUUCUACAACAUCUGGAACAACUGACAAUGUAGUUCAAAGAAGUGGAACAAUUGGACCUACCAGUGGAGCUAUAAUUGCUAAAGAACUUCAACAACAGGGAUUUACAAGUGCUCCACAUACUCCUGGAAAUAAUGCUCCAGGUAGUGGCGCUUCUUCAACAAGCAAUGAACAUGAUGAUGUUAAACCUAGAUCAUUAAGGUUUACUUGGAGUAUGAAAACCACUUCUGCUCUAGCUCCUGAUGUUAUUAUGGCAGAAAUUCGUAAAGUUCUUGAUCAUAAUCAGUGUAGUUAUGAACAAAAAGAACGCUAUCUUUUGCUGUGUAUGCAUGGAGAUCCAAAUUCAGAUUCUUUAGUGCAAUGGGAAAUGGAGGUAUGUAAAUUACCAAGACUAAGCUUAAAUGGUGUAAGAUUUAAAAGAAUGAGUGGAACAUCAAUUGGCUUCAAAAAUAUAGCCAGUAAGAUAGCGCAAGAAUUAAAUUUGAAUUAA